GUCUUGUUUGGAACUGGAGCUUUCUUGCGUUUAGAGAAUAUUUUUGUCUAUGACAUUUAGAGCUACAGAUCAAUAUUAUUAUUGUUAUCGAUCAAAAGACAAAAAUUUACAGUUGUGUGACCCAGCUUAGAAUCUUUUUAAGGAAUUACAUUAGGUUUUAGAAAACAAAAUGCAGGUAAAGCUCAUUUCACAGAAAGUCCUAAAGUUAGAAUGAUUAAUUGACAGCCAUGUUGCAUUGGGAAAGUAGAGGAGACAGCAAGUUAAAAGUGCUGGUUCUUUUGAUUCCUUUUAGUCUCCUCUGUCUCACCCCCGCUGAAACUGCUAUUAAUUUCCCACGAACAUUGGAAUAUUCAGAAGGGAAAUAUCACAGAAACUUAUAUGACUACAGAUCUUAUGGAGCCAUUACUCUGGAAAGGAUAAAUAUUCCACAGCACUCUAUUGAGGCGGCUUUAUCCAUCAAUAUACUUACUAGUAGUGAUGACUGUGAUCAAAAGAAAGUUAAAAUCUACACCAAUCAACAUGGGCUACCUAUGGUCAGUAGAGAUGGCGAGGCCUUCCCAAGUAAUUCCUAUAUCAGAGACAAAGACUUGAGAAAUGUGACAGUCACUAAUUCUAAUGUAACUCUAGUGUUGACCAAUCUGAAACAAGGUUACCUUUUCCUUAUGGCUGUCAUGCCGCCACCAGAAUCUCGCAUCAAACAGCAGGGCCUGGGUAUGAACUGUGAUUAUUUCUUAACCGCCCAUUGUAAGAUUAAGUAUCUUUUGGAUGAAGACAUACCGCAGUUGAUGUUCAAUGCAACCAGAGUGUUUUCUUUCAAUGAUACAACCACAUUCCUUUUAAGAUUACAAGUUCCUGUUGAUGUGGUGAGCUACACAGUCAAGUUGGAAGGAUGUCGCCAAAGCUUAUGUCCUGUGAAUGUGUCUAUCAUGGAAAGCUUGAGCAGCGAUGUAUAUAACAGUAGUAUAAGCCAGUGUGAAUGGGCCAACUUCUCUUGUAUACUACAGGUGAAUUAUCCAGUUGUCAAUUCUUUCAACUAUAUUUUAAUGAAGUCAUUAGUCAGAGAGGAUAUAAAUAUAUCAAUAACAACUGUACCCCACUAUUUUGAAAUAGCCUUUAAGAGGAAAGUUCCUUUAACAAAGGCUGAUGGUUUGACAGAAGAAUUUAUUUUGGCCAGUGAUUUAGGAAGAGAAACACCUUCCACUGCAGAGGAAGGCUCAAAUUUCUAUGAUUACUUUGUUGACUGGGAUGACAAAACUCUGCAGCCACACCCCACUGUUAACAUAAAAGUUCUAGACACUGCAACAGUAGUCGCCAGGUUCAAACUGAGGACUUCUGACACUGGAAGUACUUUCAAGCUAAUAGCACACGCCCCUCUAACAGUGCCAUCCACCAGUGCCAGCAUACAAAUCUGUCUUAGCGCUCACCAUCUCUCCCCUGUAGCCCAUUGCGAUGGCCCUUCUUUCAAUAUUACCACCAAGAAAGAGGCCAACAAACAUUUUGUUUAUGUGCCAUAUCCUCAGAGUGGACUUUGGUUUAUCUCAUUAAAGAGCCAGUGUUAUCAAAUACAUGAAAACACAAGUAAAGAAAUCCCAGUCGUCUGUACUCAGUAUCCUAUUGUUAAUCUGACCAUCCACCUGUCACCUUGUCUUGAUGGUGGUUGCGGAGCUUAUGGUGGUUGUAAGCUUUACUUUGGAGCUGACCUACUUUACUCAGCAUGUAACUGCUUUUCUGGCUGGCGAGGCUAUGGGUGCAAUGAUGGGAGUGAGGCUGACUCCUCCUCCACAGAAAGAGUAUCAGUCUACCUUCUCACUUUGUCCAAUCUAGGGUUUAUGCCAGGAAUAAUUCUGGCCAUUUACAGGAAGUUCUAUGUGGAAGCUUUAGUCUAUGCUUACAAUAUGUUUUUCUCUACAUUCUAUCAUGCCUGUGAUACAAGUGAGGUCUAUAAGCUGUGCAUCAUGCCAUACAAUGCCCUAAGCUUUGCUGAUUUCUUUGCUUCUCUGCUGUCAUUCUGGGUCACCUUGAUGGCUAUGGCUCGAAUCCCUGGAGGGCUGCGAUCAUUCUUCCACAUGUUGAGUGCUCUUCUCAUCUCCCUUGGAGAGGUUUACGACAGACAUGGGCUGGUUGAACAGUUGCUUCCCAUAGUUGGGGGUGUAACUAUAGUAUUAUUUUCAUGGGGCUAUCAGUGCUACAAAAAGAAAUCCAUUUAUCCUUCCAAAAGGAGACUGCUGUACUUCAUAUUUCCUGGUGUCUGCUUAGCUUGUCUUGGGCUCAUAUUGAAUCUAGCCGUGGAAACAGUAGAAAAUUAUAAAUAUGUACAUAGUGUGUGGCAUAUAGUGGAGUCUGCCUCCAUUUUGUUUUUGCUACCACCAAAGAGAGGUCAAAAAGAUGAAAUGAAUACUUUGUCAGUUCAAUCUGGAGACAUCACACGACAGAGAUUGCUUGACAAUGAUGAGCUGUCUGCCAACCUUCACAGAGCUGAUGAAACUGAGCCAGGUGUUGCCUCAGAACCAUCAUCCCCUCCUGAAACACCAAGGGGAGCUCGAGGCUUCAAGCUUAGGAAAGUUCUCCACAAACCCAGCCAGAAUUUGGUGCUGUAGCAAUGUGUAGGGUGUUCUCACAAAGAUACUAACACAAAUGGCUUUUAGUAGGCUUUGAGGGAUAUCUAUGCUUUUUCUUUUUUUCUAAUAAGAAUUUUAUUGGUGAUAACAAAGCAUACUAUUGAUGAUUUCAUGUAUGGUAAUAUUUGUGACAACACUGUGAAACAAAUCCAGCUCUAACUUACCGAAUCAAAAUCAAUAAGAGUUAAACAAGUUUAACAAAUUUUUGUAUUUGUUGGUACCAUCUUUGUACCUUGUUGCUGUUUAUAAUCAAGACGCUUUUAGCACAAAAAUAAUAUGCAUCCUCUAAGUGGAUUAUUGUGUGUUUUGUUGAAUGUUAGAGACUUUGUAAUUUUGGUACUCUUUGCUUGCUUGAUCGUGUCCUAGUGAUGUAAUGGCUCAUAGUGUAGUUUUCUUGUGCUUUCAGCUCAUCACAUUUUGAACAGAUAUGUAAUCUAUGUGUAAUAUGUAAUAGUAGUCUGUUUGGUCACAGCUCAUCACAUUUUGAACAGGUAUGUAAUAUAUGUGUAAUAUGUAAUAGUAGUCUGUUUGGUCACAGCUCAUCACAUUUUGAACAGAUAUGUAAUCUAUGUGUAAUAUGUAAUUGUAGUCUGUUUGGUCACAGCUCAUUUUGGAUUGCUUGUUAAGUAAGAGAAUCAUCUACUGUUUUUUGUUUUACUAACCAUAUCCACUAUAUUUAUGAAUCCAUAUUUUUGGUAUUACUGUUGUUGGUUGGCCUCCUUCAGCCAUAACGACUAUGGAUCGUGUGACUGUGUUAUUUAUUAGUUUUACUAUAUUGAUAGUUAUGUUGAUGUGGACUUGCUCACUUCUUUCAGCAUUGAUGUGCAAUUUUUUUUUUCAUUAUUUUUUUUUUUUUUAAAUUUAUUCUUCAGUCUAAGGAAUAAGCUCAAAAAGCUUGUUGCUCACUGUGUUCAGUUUGCAACAUGCCAAAUGUGGGCACAUCAUUGUAUCUUUUAGUGAAAGAUAAUCCGGACAGCAAAGUCAUGCUCCUUGUUUAUCUAUGAACAUUUGGCUCAGGGGAUGUUCAAAACCAUUUUAAUAUGUUUCCAAAUUUCUGAAUGUUUUGAUGACAUAACUAAAAACCACUGUAGUUUUAUUUAAAAGCAAUACAUAAAAAAAUACGAUUUAGAAUUGUGAGCAUGAUUGAGCUUACUUGAGCAUAGUCAGAAUUACUGAUUUAACCAAUGGAAAUUAUCAUAAUUUACAAAAACAUCUGUGCACUAAUGAUGAAUGUUGAAAAAACUUGAUUAAAUUUAAACAAUGUAUGCUUAAUGUUCAAUGUAUUAGAAAAAUGCACACUGUAUAUAUUUAUUUGUGCUUUAUUAUCAGUGUCAAAUCUUUCAGAGAAAAUAGAAAAAGUGAUAAGACUAACAAAAAAAACUAGAACAAAAAUACUUUUUUUUUGUACACAUUUAAGGAUACAAGUUUCUUUCCUUUAAAAUUUAAGUUGACAUAAUUCUUUGAUUUACUUUUAUGUCAUUGAUUUACUUGUUUUCUUAGUGUGCUAUGCAACAGCUGUACUAAAUGGUAAAAUGCAGACACUAUGAAUCGCAAUGGCUAAGUAUAUAUAUAUAUAACUUUUUUAAAAAAUCUGCAUUUAUGGCAUUCAGAAAGAGCCAUCAAAACAAUCAAAACAACUUAUGAUGAAUGUAGUUCUAGUUUCCUACCAAACUACCUUGAAAGAAAUAUUCAUUAAUAAAUGGAUUGUUCUUUAAAAUAAUAGUGAACUAGGUUGCUCUCAAUCUUGAGGUUUGACUGUAGAGUACCAUUGACUUUCUAUUCACUGAUAUGAUUGUUAUACAGUUGUUCAAGCAUAAUAAAACUUAAAUAGAUGUUUAUGUUUGUUAUCAUAUUUACUUGUUUUUUCAUUGGAAAUCAAAUGGAAUAAUUCUGUGUGUACAUAAUUCAGUUGAAAUUUGUUUUGCAUUUUCUCUGGACUUAUUUCUUUGAAGUAUCAUUUGCUGGCUGUGAUGUUGUUGUUUUUUUACUUUCUUACUGACCACAGAGUGACUUGAACUAGGAUGUUGGCUGUCUUUGAAAGUAUAGUUGCUAGCAUUGUGGAAUAGCACUGAAAGAUGCAGUUCAGAAUGUCAUUCCUAGUUUCAGUUAUGGUGUACUACAAUUUGAAAUGCUCUUAGAAUCAAAUUGUUGGAUUGACGACAUCAACUAAAAACAAAUUAUAGUAUUUCCUUUUUUUGUUUGUUUCAGUUUUCCUGCACUUGUUUUCUAUUUUCUGUCUUCAUUACAAAAGAAUCACUUUGUAUUACUUUAGAAAGUAGAUCUGUCUAGUUCAAUCAAAUUACACCAGUCUGUAUGGUCAUGAGCGUUGUAGUAGGGAUGCAAAGAAGAAAAAUGACCAUUUUUUAGUUUUCAAAAUUCAAUGUUUCCCAAGUGAAGCAUAUCAUAGUUACAAAUAUCAAUUUUAGUUGUAAGCAAAACUAUUAGCCUUUAGCUUUUUUGGUUGGUAAAUUGUAUACGGUGGAUGUUUAAUUUUAAAAUAACAUAAAAAAAUAUCUUGACAACUUUCUUAAGAUUUUAGCUUUGAUUGCCAAUAGCCAAUGUAGUAGCUACAUCAUUAUAUAAUAAAUGAAAUAUUUGUGCAUUAUUUUUAUAAAAUCAAUUGUUAGUCUUAUUGUUUUGGUGUCUUAUUUCAUUUCAUUUAUUUUCUUUUUGAUGAAAAUAAGUUCUUGUAUAUUUGCCAGAAAUAUUUUUCUCUUCACAUGUACAAAACAGUAACAAUACAUGCUUUAAGUAUAUAUGAAAACAGGAAUAAAAAAAAAGAUUGUAUAUAUGAAAACAGGAAUAAAAAAAAAGAUCAAUCUCAUCACUGAGCUGUAUUGGAUUAGUUAAGGACACAGCUAUGGUAAAAAAAAUAAAAGUAUUUUUAGUUUCUUUAAGGAGGCAAGGAGUUUUUUUGUCUUAAGUUGAGUUUUAAUUUUCCAGGCACUGAACUGUCAUGUAAAAUUUUUCAUUUUCUUACAAGUCCUAUAAUGAUGUUUCGUCAACCAUUUGGAAAACUUUGGAGAGUUUAAUUGCUUUAUAAUUACUAGAAACAUUGAAAAGUAUAAAAAAUCUAAAUAAUAUAGACAACUAAAUUAACAGUGUCAAAGGGAAUAAUUAUCUUUUAUAUUUAAAAAAAAAUGUCCUAAAACUGUAUUUAAUCAAAUAUUUACAUGGCUUAAGAGUCAACUUCUGAAAAUAUAUCUUUGUUGCAAGAAAGCAUUGACUGUGCAUACUUUCAAUCCCUGAGUUGAUGCAUUAUUUAUCUCAGAUUUCAUUAUUUUUUUUUUUACCAUUUGUUACAUUAAUCAAGGGACCAUAUUUUUUUUUCCUAAGAUUGAUUUGAUUUGUAAUACAAAUGUUUCAUGCUUUUCAUUGAAAAUAGAUAUUUAAAUACCAAUACGCAUUUCAAAACACUGGUGUGAAUGUUGAUUUGUUUUGACAUGAGGUAAUUGAAAAUAGUGGUGUGAAUGUUGAUUCAUCUUGAAUACUGUUAGGUCUUUAAAAACACAUGAAUAUUAAGACAAAAGUUCUAUGUACCAGCACAGACAUGUCUUAGUGUUUGAAUGGCUUUGUUCUACCAUAGUUGCCAGGAUCUGACCAAUGUUCUGAUAUCUGCUUUGACUUUAGAUCUAUUGUAAAUUUCUCAAACAGUGGUCCUAAAACCUGUAUCCACCUGGGGCUAUUCCAAUGACUAGUUAGGUAUUUUGAAAUACACCUGAAUUCUCCUAUUGUGUAAUUUAGAUUCUAGUUUAUUUUAAAAAGUGACACGUUUUAGUAAUGAUUUGAUUUCAUAGACCACUUCUCGUUUAGAAAGCAAUCAUAAAUUUGCUCUAUAAUAGACACUCACAUACUAUAUUACGAUGUUUAAUUGUACAGUAAUUUUUUAAAAUUAAAACAAUAUGCAUUUAAAAUAAAUAUUUUUCAGUUGAUGCUUUAAAAAAUUAACUCUCUCCAUAUUGGGUUUGAAAGGAAAAGUGUUUAUGUCUGGAUAUAACAAAACAAAUGGUCCCCCUAGUAUAAUAGAAAUAAAAUGGGCAAAAGACAACAGCUGUGGUUGUGAUCCCCUCUCUCUGCCCACUAAGGGUUUGUAUCCAUGUCAUUUUUCCUUUUUAAUACUACUGGUAAUUAGACAAUAUCAUGAAAUGAUAUUAAAAACUGGAUUCACCAAUCAAUAUACUGCAUGUUGUAUUUACAUAAGCAUUAAAAGUCAUGUUUUUUACUUGCAUUUUCCUCCAAAGAGUGUCUAGAGUUAUGUCUUCAUUUAUUCUAGAAUUCAUUUUGUACAUUUCACUUACAAAAUUGUAUAAUAAAUAUAUGUAUUGAUGUUUCUAAAAAUAAAAAAAGUCAGUCUAAUGUUUUGUCUAAUUAAACAUGUUCUUAGUGUUACAUGGCGAACUUUACCCUCUAGAGGAUUGGGAUUAUUUCAUUAUGGAGCUUCUGUUUGUGCUGUCUUACUGUUCAACUCAAGUGAAAGACAAAUGUUACCAUUUUUUAAAGGGCAAAUAAUUUUUUUCUUAUAAUUAAAUCAUAUCUAAAGAGUUUUGCAUGAACUCUUCUUAAAACCUAAAUAAAAUAUUUUAAAAUUAGAUCCUUAUCAUCAUCUUGCUUAAAAUAGGUGAAAACACAUUGUUAAAAUAUUCAAACAUCAAUAUUUAUUGUUGCAGUAAAAAAAAAACAUAAGAUAUACAAUCAAAAUGAUUCACAUCAACAGCUAAACCCCCACCCUCCCCACUUAUAUGACAAAUACUUCAUUGUAAACAUUGAGGUCUUGUAUCAAUUAAACACUAAAUACUAUACAUAUACAAUGUCAAUUGAUGAAGUCUUUUCACUAAAUUGCAAUGGGAUGAUGGUAUUGAUAGCAACCAAUUAAUCCAAUUUCAAAUCUUUGGUUACAAAUAAGUUAGAAACAAUAUACAAAUAUAAAGAAUGUAUAUAAAAAUAUUCUCAAUACUUUGGGAUUUGUUUUUGUAGUCCUAUUGAUAGUCCUAUAUUUCAUGAUCUAGCCAUCAAUUUACUUGUGGUAACCUGAUAGUUGCAAUUAUUAAGGUUGUUAUGUUACUACUUUUAAAAUAUUAAGAAAAAGGCUUCAAUGUCAUCAUCACAAAUAUCUAGACUGAGACAAGAGUUAUUUCACUGACAAUAGUUCACCAUCUGUAAAUAAUUGGCAGGUUAUUGUUUCCCUUUUUUUUUUAAAAAAGACCAAUUGUUUUCUGAACAGUUACACUUUCUACUACCAUCACUAACUAUUUCACUAAGCUAUGUUUAUAAAUGAUAUAAAGAGUAUUGAGAAAUCACUAAAAAGUAUAGAUAUUUAUUUACACAUGAGUAGGUUCUGUAUAUUUAAUCAAAUAUUGAACUUUUUUUCAUUUGAGCUUCAAUUUCUUAGAAACAAUUUUGGUGCUAAGGUGUGAAACAAUUCAUUUACAUGUUCAUUUCAAGCAGUGAACCAAAUAAAACUGAAGGAUUUACAGAAUGAACAAAAGUGUUUUGGCUCUAAAAUAAAUAAAGCAUUUUUGUUUUAUGCAUUAGCUUGGUAUUGUGCUGCCAUAUGAAAGCAAGAAGGUCAACUAACCUGCGUGGUUUACUCCUAAAAAUUUAAUAAGACCACUUACAGUAGUUGGGGAGGAAAUAUUCUUGAAUAUAUAGUGGUGUACAGGUAUAGGGAAAAUGUUCACUAAAUGUAUAACCAGGGUGGGGGUUGAAAAAUGGUCUAGGAGGUAGAAUAGAUAAUAAAUCAGAAAAGGUUUCUUUUUAGAGAUUGUCAGGCUCAAACAUUAUCUCUGAAGAUUUAUAAUGCCGUUACUAGUUCAAGGUGGAGAUGAGACUAAAAAAACUAGCAUAAAUGUAUUGCCGUGUGACAAGAUGGAGGGACCACCAGCAGAUCAUUCAAUAAAACUUAAAUAUACUGGCAUGAGACAUCCUGCUAUAAGAAAUAGUUCUUCAUAAAUGGCAAAAAAUAUAUAUGUAAUACUUUGGACUAGAGUUAUCUACUAAAAAUAAAUAAAACAAAGUUAACAGUACAAGUCUAUGUACUAGAUGUACAAGCAUCAUUAAUCCAUGUCCUAGUGAUCUUUUGUACAGUAAACUUACACAAAUAAUACUUUUUUUUUGUGUUAAAAACAAAAAUUGGAGAAGGAUCAAUUACCACCAAAUGUUGAUAAAAUCUUGACAAAAGUCAUUACAAAAUAAUGGGAUCAAAUAGUAAGUAAACACAGUUUGACUGAUCAAUAAUAACAUUUUAAAUGUAGAAAAAAAAAAAGAAAAAAAAAAUGAAA